AUGGAGGAGAAUCCAAAAGAAAGAAAAAUGUCAGUAAUACUGAGGAAAAAGUGCAUUGUUAAAGCUAUGAAUGAAUAUCUCUCACCAGAGCGUCACCAUAAGCUUACACUUUCAAACCUUGAUCUUCUGUCUGGCCGCUUCCCAGUGACAUACUUGUACUUAUAUUAUCACAGCAGAUCCGACAGAGGUUCGAUCAAUAUUAGUAACAAUGUGUUUGAGUCACUCAAGACUUCACUCGCCAAAACUCUGAGUUACUACUAUCCUUUUGCUGGUCGAAUAGUAGAAGACCCGCAAACAAGCCAGACUCUUAUCAUAUGUGACAACAACGGUGCCCUGCUAGUGGAGGCAGUGGCCAAUAUCCCUUUGAUCCACCUGGAUUUCUACAAUUUAAACCAGACCCUUGAACAGAUACUGGUCUCGUGCCUGAACCCCGACGAGUUUCCUUUUCCUGUGCAGGUUCAAGUAACAUGUUACACUUGUGGAGGGGUGUCCAUUACUUUUACCUUCGACCAUGCUCUAGGUGAUGCCACUGCUUUUGGCAACUUUCUCUCCUCGUGGUCCCAACUAGCUCGUGACAUGCCUCUCUCUUGCAUACCGGAUCUUGAUCUCGGGAGAAGCCUUCCACCGCGCCUCCCUCCUACGUAUCACCCUUAUUUCAAUCAUGUUUUUGUCAAGUGCACGCUUGAAGAUAUUAGAAACAUACCUAAAACCGGCAUCUUGCUCAAGCGCCUUUACUUUGUUGACGCUUCCAGCAUUAAUCACCUGCAAACUCUUGCAUCUGCCGACGGUAACAAGAGAACGAAAAUCGAGGCAUUCUCUGCCUAUGUUUGGAAGAUUAUGGCAACAAGCAUUGAUAAAAGCCACGCUAACUGCAAGAUGGGUUGGUUAGUUGACGGACGUGGUAGACUAAGUCAUAGCUCCAUGUCAAAUUACAUUGGUAACGUAUUAUCCGUGGCUAUUGAAGAGGCAAGCAUUGUAGAGAUAAAGCAGGGCUCCAUAUCGGCAAUUGCCAACAAUGUUCACAGGGCUAUAUCCAAGGUAACUAAUGAAGCUCAUUUCCAGGAUUUGAUUGAUUGGAUUGAGUGCCACAAACCUGGAUUGAUGCUCCCAAGAUUUGUCCUAGGUCGGGAAGGGCCUGCCCUUGUUAUUUCAUCCGGACGGAGAUUUCCGGUUGCUGAAUUGGACUUCGGGUUUGGUAGUCCCAUGCUCGGAACAGUCUCCUCCACCAUUAAAAACAGUGGAGUUGGUUACAUGAACCAGAGGCCAAGUGCUACGGGUGAUGGCUCAUGGGUCAUUUCCGCUAUCUUAUGGCCACAACUGGCUGCAGCAUUGGAGUCUGAUUCAGUUUUACAGCCACUGUGUGCCUCACAUCUUCAAAAAUCAUAAUAAUAACAAUGAUUUCAUCUCCAAACAAAUUAAAGAGGGGCAUUAGCAAACGAAUAGCAUAUAUGCAAGUCAAAGCCAGAUUGUUAUAAAAAUCAUAGGAACCUGUCUAGUUAUUUGCAAAGCAAUGAUAAAUUUGAAUGCUCAUAA